AUGAUGGGUGACAUUUUUGCUUGUAUAGAACCAGAGUUGAUUGGAUUUAUUCAAUAUCAUGAAAGAAUGGAUAGCACUUAUUCAAUGGCUGUGUUAGUAAGACUGGGCCGUCAUGUUAUGUCUGCUAAUGAUACCGGCUCCUUUUUAAGUAUGACUUAUGGGUCUGCAUUAGUUCAUGUAAAAAGAAAUUAUGAUAAACUCAUGCACGCUCACUUAAAAUCAAUUCAAGAAGUAAGAAUUAUUAAAAAGUCUAAAUGUGGCAUACUUCCUUUUGUUGCCAACUUUGAGUAUUUUGCCAAGACAGCUGAACAAAUAUUUAAAGAAACAGAGCGUCGAACUGAUUUAGAUAAAUGGUAUCUGAAACUCUUAACUGUAAUGUUUGAAACUAUUCAUUAA